AUGGAUGCCAUCAAAGGUCUUAUCGCCAAUGUCCCAGACUGGGUCAAGCGCCUGGACGAGCUGAAAGGGCAGAUCGACCAGCGUCAGCUAGAGCUCGCACGCGUCGAGCUCGAGCUCUCCCCAACAUCAAGUCCCAGCCGCACCAAAUCCAUCCGCAACAAGGGGUCCACCGAGUCUUUGAAGCCAAACAACGAAGCGGCAGCAUGGGGCGAAGAUAAAGGCCCCAUAGCCGGACCGCACGUGGACGUCGAUACCGGUGCUGAUGCCGAUGUCAAGCCCAGGUCCCCAUUAGCGCCGCAUUUCAAGGUGCCUGGCGACCUCACAGCUGUCUCGGCUCUUCAGCACCAGACCAACCAGGUGAUGAAAGUAGCGCAGGCCAAGGCACGUGCUACCUUGCGCAAGCGCGAUAGGCGGAGCGACUCCAUUGCGAGUGCUGAGAAAGGUCCCAGCAAGUACCGCACCCGCAGCAUGAUCAUUGUCUAUUAUGACAGCUACGUGCAGUCAUUCUUUGAAGAGCUUGUCAAGUUUGUCUCUGCGUCACGAAACAUGAUGCGCAAGGCCAAGAUGGCUGCCAAAGUGGCGCAAAUCAAGCGUUUGGCCGACCUAGAAGUGCCCGAUGUGGACGACGACAAAAAUGCCGCAGCUGCCCAGGCAGCUGCCACGGGAAAUGGACAGGACUAUAUCAUCAAGGCAGCUGCCCCUUCAGCUGCCGAUGAGUCUUUGCUGAAGCUAAACUACGUCAGCACGCGGCACAUGCGGGGCCCAGGAGCCGCGACAGGCGGCCGGCCGAUGUUUUCAAGAGCCGGGCGCUCGUCGCUUGCAGGCGGGCCUCAGGCACCGGAUGUGUAUGACGAGCUUGACAAGGGGCUAGAGUUUGUGCAGUCAACAUGCGAGCACGCAGCACACCAAUUCUUGCGGGAUGGAGACUGUUUCGACGAGAUCGAAAAAGUGAAGAACCGGCUGGCCACAACGAAAGAGUUGGCGGACCGUGAAAUGGAGCGCAUCAAGAAGGAGGACCCCGAUGCUCUCAAGCAGUCGGUCGAGCCGCCCAAGUCGAGAAGCUUCCGACCGCAGCACAUGCGCAAAGGCCUCUCGGUUGCGAAAGAUGCACUUCCUUCGGCUGCUACUGGCGCAGCUGAUGCUACGGUGGCAAUCGAGGUGGACGAAGGCAUUGAAGACAUGGACGAAGACUCGCCGAAGCCGGCAUACAAGCCAUCGACGCCGAGAUGA